AUGGCUUAUUAUGGUAAUCAUGGAAAAGGACGCACCAAAAACCACCACAACAAUUUCGACCGUGAUGAGCCGAACGGGUUCAAAAAUCCACAAUACGGCCCGCAUGUGCAAUUAAUCGACGCAAAUUGGGAGCGGCAAGUGACAGCGAAGCUGGAUGAAUUCAUGAAUGGGACCACUACAGAGCUCUGUUUUCCACCAAUGGAGAGACAUGAACGGCGGCGUUUGCACGAACUAGCCCGACGCAAAGGCCUACAAACAUCAAGCGAGGGAAGAGAACCGAAUCGACGAUGUGUCGUUCAUCGACGUCCUACACCGAAGUUAGCGGCAGUUGGUGCAAAUGAAACGCAACCCAUACGACUUACAUCUGAAAUUCGGAAAGUGCUAUCUAACUUCAUCAGCCAAUAUCCUAUUUAUGGUCCGGCUAUUGAUCGUCACUUGGCGGCUCCGAAAUCCAGAGAUCGCUCACAACGAGAUGUGGGCAAUAGGGAAAGACCAGAAAUGCUUGUACCGCAACGUAGCAACAUCACUGCAGAGAUGCAAAAGCAGAGAAACAUGCUACCAGCAUAUCAGCAACGAGCAGAUGUGCUAAAAGCUAUCAAUGAUCAUAAGGUGGUUCUGAUCACCGGUGGAACGGGAUGCGGUAAAACAACGCAGGUCCCGCAAUUCUUGCUCGAAGAUGCGUAUGAGCACCAGCAACCAUUGCGGAUAGUUUGUACACAACCAAGACGAUUACCGGCAAUUGCAGUGGCAAGUCGCGUCGCAAAAGAGCGGGGUGAAAGUUUAGGCUCUACCGUUGGAUAUCAUAUUCGAUUAGAACAAAGAACAUCACCGCAAACGGUAUUGACCUACUGCACAAGUGGCGUACUAUUAAGAAUGCUGACCCAGGAUGAUGCUGCCCGCGACAUCUCGCACAUCAUUCUUGACGAAAUUCAUGAGCGAGAACAGAACACUGACUAUUUGCUGAUUGCCUUGAAGCAAGCUCUUAAGAAAAGGAAUGAUCUGAAGGUAAGGUUACAGAAGCCUUUUUUAUAG